CCAGACCCACCCUUCUCUUCGGAUCCAGCUGUAUUAACUUGUGAAUGCUUGUCAAAGAUUCCACUUAACCUAGCUUGAAAUUCUCCGUCGGGUUGAACUUCGUCUCUUGGAAUUGCAAUGGCAAAAACUGUGAAACUAAACACCGGUGCAGAAAUGCCUAUUGUUGGUCUUGGGACAUGGAAGUCCCCACCAGGUAAAGUGAGAGAGGCAGUGAAGGCUGCCAUCUCUGCAGGGUACAGGCACAUCGACGGAGCCUUCGUCUACCAGAACGAGGCAGAGGUGGGAGAAGGAAUAAAAGCCAUGGUGAAAGAUGGCGUGGUGAAGAGAGAGGACCUGUUUGUGGUCAGCAAGCUGUGGUGCACCUUCCAUGAGAAGUCUCUGGUUAAGGGAGCCUGUCAGAAAACUCUCAGUGAUCUCUGCCUGGACUACCUAGAUCUCUACCUUGUCCACUUGCCAAUGGGCUUCCAGGCUGGCUCUGAGCUUAUCCCACUGGACAGUGAAGGGUUGGCCAUCACCGAUGGAACCAACUUCCUGGACACCUGGGAGGCCAUGGAGGAGCUGGUGGAUGCGGGUCUGGUCAAGGCCAUUGGCAUCUCAAACUUUAACAAGGAUCAGAUUGAAGCCCUCCUGAACAAGCCAGGCCUCAAGUACAAACCUGUCACCAACCAGAUUGAGUGCCAACCCUACCUGACCCAGGAGAAGCUGAUCAGCUACUGUCACUCUAAGGACAUUUUUGUGACGGGCUACAGUCCUCUGGGCUCCCCAGACAGACCCUGGGCCAAGCCAGAUGACCCCUCCCUCCUGGACGACUCCAACAUCAAGGCCAUCGCUGAGAAGUACAAGAAGACGUCCGCUCAGGUCCUGAUCAGGUUCCAAGUCCAGAGGAACGUCAUAGUCAUCCCCAAGUCCAUCACUCCUCAGCGCAUCCAGGAGAACUUCCAGGUGUUUGACUUUAAGCUGACCGAGGACGAGAUGAAGAUCAUUCUGGGGUUCAACAGAAACUGGAGGGCCGUUCCCAUGCAUUGGGGUGUGAAGCAUAAAGACUAUCCAUUCAACGCGGAGUUCUGAAGGAACAUACUUUAUUGUUUACAGCAGAGCUACUAUUUUAUGCUGGGGCUUGCUACUGUUGAUUAAGCUACAGUCUCUCUGAACCUAGUCACAACUCUUUGCAUUUAAAUGAAAUAAACACAGCUAGCUGAAGCUCUCUGGUGGUACGAGCUGUGCGGAACUUUGACGCUCUGUCUUACACCAGGCGACAAUGCUUUUUAUAUUGCCAAACAACAUAUCACACAAUCGAAUCUAGUCACAAGUCUUAAAAAGGGAUGGAAACAGUAUUUGAGGUUCAUGAGGAUUGAUGGUAGAUUGACGGUAGGUCUCCUUUCCUGCUGUUUUGGGAUAAAAACACAAGCCUUUAAAGGGCCUAAAACAGCAGUGUUCAACGACUUAUUCCUGUGACCCUCUUUCUAAAGGAUUGAACCCAGGUCAUGUGAUCAAGGAACAUAUAGCUGUACAUCUGUCUGAUCAUGUGAUAUUGGAUGUUUCACGUCUAACAUGUUUUAAAGGGUAAGAAGUCAUGUAUUGAUAGUGUAAGGCUGGGUGUCAGACCUGCCCCCACCUCUCGUAUGCUAAAGUCUGGAGUUUCUGGACGGUCUCAACUUGAUGGCCCUCACACCCCAUUCAAGAUGUGGUCUGAUUGGUUGGUCUUGUGUAUAAAGGGAAUUGUAAUGCAUUGUUCUGUGGAUUCUUCAUCCUCAGUUCUCCCUUGUCCUACUGUCAUACUACUUGCUCACCUCUUUCUCUCUCUGAUUUACAAUGAUCAUGGUAGAGUAGGUUAGAAGCUUUCAUUUUGUAACAUGUUUGCCUUGUAAUUGAUUUCAUUCAUUUGCAAUGUUAUUAAAUACGUAUUUCAUUUAACCGUAUUUUGACCAUUCUUGCUCUGAUUUAACCCAUAGAGUCAAAUAACCGUAAUUCUAUUUGUAUUGGCAUUAUUUGGUUCAUGCUAAUACACUGUUCAGUUUCUCAUCUUCCCUUAAACCAUAGGGGAAUUUGUUUUGGUUGUUUGGCCAAUAUUUAACCCCCUACAAUAGGAUGAACGUUAUUGUGAGCUAGUGUGUUUUUUGUUUUACCAUUUAUGUAGAAUUGAUGCAUAGCUUAGGUUUGAUUGAUGCAAAUUUGUUUUAUAAAAAUAACCUUUGGAAAAAAAAAAGCUGUGUUUCCCAUACCUGAAAAUGCAUUAUCUGGUCAAUGUAUUAACAAAUACUUGAACAAGAACAGGUGUGUGAUAUCACAUAUCUCAAUAUGAAUUAUGAAUAAUCUGAUUUGGGGAAAUGGAAACACUUAAUUUCUAGACAUGCCUCCCACUAGGUCAUAGACCUCUCCUGGCAACGUUUAAACUCCUAGUCUCAUGAUGAGAAGUCAUGUUUGUUCUGUGUGACACAGCAGGAUGUGAUACUGCUGUUUCUGUAUUUACUCUUUUAUGCAAUAAAGCUUUUGUCUGCG